AUGCCUGCUCAGCUGUUCCUCCUCGGCACCGGUUUCAUCGGCGGCUCUGUCCUCGCCGCGCUCCUCGAGAAGAAGGACCAGUACAACAUCGCCGCCUUGUGUCGCGACCCCAAGAAGGCCGACAAGCUCAAGGAGCUCGGUGUGCGCCCCGUCCAGGGUGAGCUCGCGAGCGACGAGCUCAUCGCCAAGGAGGCGGCCGAGGCGGACAUCAUCAUGCACAUCGCGACGGCCGACGACCUCCCGUCGGUCAAGAGCAUCCUCAAGGGCCUCGCCUCGCGCUCGUCGUCGAAGCCGCCAGCCGUGUACAUUCACACGUCGGGAACGGGCGUGCUCACCGUCCCGCAGCGCUCGACCGACGUCGUCUUUACCGACAAGGACCCGGACACGCUCGACAAGGAGAUUCCCGACCACGCACCGCACCGCGAGAUCGACCUCGCCAUCAAGGCAGCCGUCGAGAGCAAGAAGCUCAACGCCAAGAUCUCGAUUAUUCUUCCUCCCUGCAUCUACGGCAUCGGUACUGGCCCGUUCAACAAGAUCUCGAUCCAGUGCCCGCUGUGGAUCAAGGAGGCCAUCAAGGAGGGCCACCUCAUCAGCCAGUGCGUCCUGCCUCUCGUGGAGCCUAUCGAGUCGUCGGACGUUGCCGAGGUCGAUCCUGAAGAGGCGGGCAAACCUGUGAGCGCGCGCUGA